AGAUGGCUCAGCGACUUCUCCUGAGGAGGUUCCUGGCCUCCAUCAUCUCCAGGAAACCCCCUCAAGGUCGGUGGGCACCCCUCAUCUCCAGGGCUCUGCAGACCCCACCACACAGUCCUGGUGACCUGACAGUAACAUCCAGCCAAGCCCAGCCAUUAUACACCACCAGAGUCUGUCCAACAACCUUUAACAUCCAGGAUGGACCUGACUUUCAAGACCGAGUUGUCAACAGUGAGACGCCAGUGGUUGUGGAUUUUCAUGCACAGUGGUGUGGUCCCUGCAAGAUCCUGGGGCCAAGGUUAGAGAAGGUGGUGGCCAAGCAGCAUGGGAAAGAGGUGAGGGCCAAGGUGGAUAUUGACGACCACACAGACCUCGCCAUAGAGUAUGAGGUGUCAGCUGUGCCCACCGUGCUGGCCAUCAAGAAUGGGGACGUGGUGGACAAGUUUGUGGGCAUCAAGGAUGAGGAUCCGCUGGAGGCGUUCAUGAAGAAGCUGAUUGCCUGACAAGCAGGAAAGAACCCUGAUGCUCUUGCCCGCUGGGGAGCUGGGGUCCUGGGAGGACCCUGAUAGAACUCAGUCGUGUGCAGGCCCUUCCCGCCUCCUCCCUUCUGUCUGGCCCUGAGGGCCCAUGUUUGGAGACCAGGCCUCCAAGCAUGGGUCCUCCAGUGCUUCCCGCC